GGACAUGCGCGGAGCUGCAGCGAAUAUGGCGGCUUGCAUCUGAUAGAAAGUGAGGAAUCUCCCAUCAAAAUACCUUGUUCAAACGCGUCUGUGUAGGUAAAAGCCUGUCUGACUUCACCUCCUCUGCAGCAGCACGGUUAACUUUGGUCAUCAUGGGCCGAACACCACACAGGGAUCAAAAAGAGGAGAAGGAGAGACGAAGCAGCAUCACAGCAGGCUCUGCCCUCGACAAAUCUAAUGAACCGUUCAGUUGGGAAGACUACCUGAGAGAAACGUCCUCUGUCGCAGCGUCACCGACUUGUUUCAAACAGUCCAGAGUGCCCCCCUCCAAUGACUUUAAAGUUGGUAUGAAACUUGAGGCACGGGACCCUCGCAACUCUAACUCUGUGUGCAUUGCAACGGUGAUGGGCAUGAUGGGUACUCGUCUACGCCUCCGUCUGGAUGGUAGUGACAACACCAACGACUUCUGGAGACUGAUCGACUCGUUAGAAAUUCAACCAAUAGGAACCUGCGAAAGGACCGGAGACAUGCUACAGCCACCGCUGGGUUUCAGGAUGAAUGCCUCCUCGUGGCCUAUGUUCCUCCUGCGGACGCUGAGUGGAGCAGAGAUGGCUCCAGCCUCUGCUUUUAAAAAGGAACCAGCCAACCCUGCUAAAAACUACUUCCAGCCAGGUAUGAAACUGGAGGCAGUGGACAGGAAGAACCCCUAUCUGAUUUGUCCUGCCACAGUGGGAGAGGUUAGAGGUCAGGAGAUUUUUGUCAUGUUUGACGGCUGGCGAGGUGCCUUUGACUAUUGGUGCGCCUUCGACUCCAGAGACAUCUUCCCUGUUGGCUGGUGUGCUCUGACAAAACACAGCUUACAGCCACCUGGAAACUUCUUUACCCUCCCCAGUGCUCUCCUUGCUCCUGUUUCCUCCACCUCAACCUCCCUCACCACACGUCGUUCCUCUUCCAACUCCUCCUCCUCCAUGCAGACCUCAUACCGACUGCCCAACCCCUUGCCACCCCUCCCCGUGCGCAAGGGUGUCCGAGGUCGUCGUCCCAAAUCCCAGACUAUUGCUUUGUUGAAGGCAGCGGCUGAGGCUGCAGCCGCAGCAGCAGUAAAUGGAGCAUCACAGAGCCCUGCCAGAACUGGCCCUGAAUCUCAACUGGCCCCCAGACCACACAAGAAGAGAGGACCCAAGCCUAAGAGCAAGAAGAAGCCUCGGGUGGUGCAGUCCCUUGGGGCACCAUCUGUUACAGCGCCACCUCCAGAGACCAAACUUAGCUCCAGCCACGUCUCAACAGACAACAACCAUAGCAACAGCUCCAAUGUGGUUUGCACAGUGUGUGUCUAUGUGAACAAGCACGGUGACUAUGGCCCGCACCUUGACCGAAAACUAGUGCAGCAGCUCCCGGACCACUUCGGUCCUGCUCCAGUCAACACAGUGCUUCAGCAGGCUGUUCAGGCCUGCGUGGACUGUACGUACCAGCCCUCUGUGCUGCUGUCGUUCCUACAGAGCCAGUCCCACACAGGAGGAGAAGUCAUCAGAGUGCGGUCAGAGCAUGGUAUCCGCUACGUGAAGCUGCCUUCCGCCUCCAGUACGUCCUCUGUUCUGCGGUUUCUGGAAAACAUGUGCCAACAUCUGGAGAGUGACAGUCUGUUCAGCUCGCAGCCGUUCAGCCCCUUCAACAACAACACACGCUUCUACAACAGGACCAAGUCAGAACCACUGUCUCACACUGAGAAUGGUGUGUCCAAAGAGGAUUCCUCAAAGGAUCCCGUUCCAAACACCCGCUCCCUUCACACCGCACCAGACUACAGAGCAGCAAAGAAGGAGCGGCAGUAUUACCCUGGACAGACACAAACACCGCCAGCCCUACGACGUGUCAGCUCCAACCCAACCGAAGUUGGCACAAUGUGUGCACACAGACGAGUGGAGGCAGCUAGCUCAACAACAGGCCCAGACCAUAUGAAACAGGACAAGGAGGGUUCAGGGAACGACGCUUCUGCCUGGUCAGUCGAUGAUGUCAUACGGUUUGUCCAAGAGGCUGAUCCCCAAACUCUUGGCCCGCAUGUUGAGCUGUUCAGGAAACAUGAGAUUGAUGGCAAAGCUCUGAUGCUGCUGCGGAGUGACAUCAUUAUGAAGUACAUGGGAUUGAAGCUGGGCCCGGCACUCAAACUCUGUCAUCACAUCGAGAAGCUGAAACAGACCAAACAAUAGAGGAUGAAGGCGCUCUUUUUUUCUCUCACUGGCAACCAAACACACAAACACAUUAUUCUACAGGGAUGUAGUGCAGUGUAAAUCCACCCGAACCAGGGUUGUAGCUACUAUUGAUGGGGACCCUGAGGUCAAGUCCUCCAGAAUUUGGGGGAGUUUUAUUUUUAUUUUCAGGGAGUUUACAAAUAAAAACAUACACAUGAUGAUAAUUUUUCUAAACGGAUACCAAUAUUUUUAGAAUCAAGCUGUUUAAAUUAAUAGUACUUUUUGGCCAAUAAAUAAAUAUAAUUUUAUGUAAAUUACAUAACAUAAUUUUAGGUGUAGUGACGGUUAUGAGUAGCAUUUAGGCUGUGAUGCUGUGAAAACACAAAGUAUAACUGAACAGGUAGCUAAUAUAAUUUGAAAAAUCCAUUUAGUUAAAAUUAUUUGACAUAUUCAGUGGACAUAUGACCUCAGUCUUUCUAAAAUUGUGGCUAUGGCCCUGAGCUGAACACACUUUUUUUAUUUACAGACCAUUGUUUACUUUCACACAAUACAUGAAUUCAUCAUUUGAAUAAGUGUAAUUAGUAUCAGAUAUCUGAACAUAGGCAUGAUUUUUGUUCAUGUUUGUGUCUUUUUGCCUUAUUAUGGACAACUGGAGGCCAUCGUUUUAAUUUACUUAUACAUUUCCACUUUUAGACACAGAGACAUACGCUGUAGGUUUUGCAGCCUUAUCUCUUCGGAUAUCUGACUGUUUAAUUUUUUUCCUUGGUCAGAAUUUCAGGAUGGACGCCCUGCACUCAAGAUUGGGAAAGUUAGUUCAGGUACUGGCAGAGAACGUCUCACUGCCUCAUUACUAACAAUGCAAUAAGGCUUCUGAAUGCGUCUGUUACGGACUGUCAAUUGUAGUUUAUGCAAGCCAGUGAAUGUAUGAAGUCAUGAGCAUUAUUACUAGCAGGAACUAAACAACAGGAGUUCCCCUAAUUACAGGAAGUGUUGAAGGGUUUCAUUCCAAAUGUUGGAAAAGUCGUCUUGUUCCCUGAAGUCAGUCAUUACAUGAAUGAUUCCUGUACUGAAACACUGAUGUAUUUUUUGACGAAGGUCAUGCAUUAAGUUUGGCGGAGCGGGCAUCACUUCUAUUUAAAUGGUGGAUAUUUUAUCUAGGAAGAAUCAGUUUUGAUUCUGCAGGGCAGGCUGUAGAUGUACAAAAUCAGUUAUUGAAGAGAUAUUUCUCUCUCUCUAUUUGUGUCUGUUUUGUGUGCUGGAAGACAUUCAGGCUCAACGGUUUCAGCUUGAGCCCUGACGUAGCUACAUGAUUGUACUAUGCUUUGACAGUCACACUAUAAACCACACACGAGAUAUACACAUACGAUGACUGGAAUACUCUACGUGAUGACAUUAAAAUAAAGACAAGGCUAUUAAAAGUCUAGUUUGAGUGCUGUACAGAACGUUAAAGUGCUUCUGAGAGAGUACAUAAGGGAGAAACUUUUGUAUAAAGUCAAGCCAAAUGGUUGUUUUUUGAUAUCAUUUUGUACUGUAACAAAGUGUAUCAAUCUGUAUCAAGCGUAAGUGUAAUCAUUUUUUUUCUGCCUGAAAUAGUUUUUGUGUGCAUCAUCAAAUAACUACCUACAGGACGAUGUUGUGUCUGAGUAAUUAUUCACAUGUCUCAGAAGUAUUUAUCUGUUUUCGAUGGCAGAAAUACAAAUUUUCUGAACAUUUCAGAACCAUUUUCAACCAAAUCAUGUGUAGCUGCAUUUCAUACUGUUGCUCUCCUGUAGUGGAAACAAGUUGAUACUUGAAACCGUCUUGCUUUAAUGUGAAACUCAGGUUUUAGUAGGUUGUUUCUUAGAAGAUGUUUUACAUCAUUAGCAUUUUGUUUUCAUUACUACAACAUAGAGGGACUGCACAAUAACCAACUAUGUAUAUUUUUAUGCCUUGUCAUCUAUCGCUCUGUAGCAUUUCAUGUGUAUAUAUAUAUAUAUACGACUUUUUACUGUACGUUCAACAAAAGAUGUUUGUUAAAUAUGUUUGAUAUGCAUUCACACAAUUAAACAUUUGUUUACAUCA